UGCCUUUUUCUUUUCCUGCCGGAUACCUUGCUGCUCGCUCCGGCGUUGGCAAUUCCAAACCUUGACUACUCUGCUCUUCUGUACAUACAUGCAUGCCUCUCUCAUCAAUUGCAUCAUUGCUACUGCUAUUCCCGCUUUUACUCUUGCGUCUAUCUAUAUCCCGCCUCUUGAGCUAGUGGACUGGCCGCAUUACCUGCAUGUCCUCAUCAUCCAUCUGAUCAUAUCCGACUGUCUGCCCCAAAGCGGCCAUUAACCCACGCGGGAUUCACUUUCAACCGCUCGGACAGGCUCACCUCUGGA